GCUGCAGCUGGCGCAGCUCAGAUCCAGAGCAGCCGGCGCAGAAAAGCCGAAGCAGCCGCAUUCUACUGCCCGUUCCCGCGCCCGGGCCGGGGCUGGGCCCCCACCGCCGGGUCCCCGGGGGCUGCAGCAGAGGCGGCGGCGGCGGCGCGGCGGGCAGGGGCGCCGCCCGCGGUUCCCGCCGGGGCCCGGGCGCCGGCCCCGCUCUGCAGGAUGGGCACGGUGCUGUCUCUUUCCCCCGCCUCCUCGGCCAAGGGCCGGAGGCCCGGCGGGCUGCCCGAGGAGAAGAAGAAGGCGCCGCCCGCGGGAGACGAGGCGCUGGGGGGCUACGGGGCGCCGCCAGCGGGCAAGGGCGGCAAAGGCGAGAGCCGGCUCAAACGGCCGUCCGUGCUCAUCUCCGCGCUCACCUGGAAGCGCCUUGUCGCCGCGUCCGCCAAGAAGAAGAAAGGCAGCAAGAAGGUGACGCCCAAGCCAGCGUCCACCGGCCCCGACCCCCUGGUCCAACAGCGCAACCGCGAGAACCUUCUCCGCAAAGGUCGGGAUCCCCCCGACGGCGGCGGUGCCGCCAAGCCCCUGGCGGUGCCCGUGCCCACUGUACCCGCGGCCGCCGCCACCUGCGAGCCGCCGUCGGGGGGCAGCGCCGGCGUUCCGCCGCCAGGCUCGGACGGAGGGAAGCCGCCGCCGCCGCCGCCCCCAGCCCCGCAGGCGGCGCCGCCGGUCCCUGGCGGCUCGCCGCGGCGGGUCAUCGUCCAGGCUUCUACCGGCGAGCUGCUGCGCUGCCUGGGCGACUUCGUGUGCCGGCGCUGCUACCGUCUCAAGGAGCUGAGCCCGGGCGAGCUGGUGGGCUGGUUCCGCGGAGUGGACCGCUCGCUGCUGCUGCAGGGCUGGCAAGACCAGGCCUUCAUUACUCCCGCCAACCUGGUGUUCGUGUACCUGCUGUGCCGCGAGUCGCUGCGCGGGGACGAGCUGGCGUCGGCCGCCGAGCUGCAGGCCGCCUUCCUCACCUGCCUCUACCUCGCCUACUCCUACAUGGGCAACGAGAUCUCCUACCCGCUCAAGCCCUUCCUCGUGGAGCCCGACAAGGAGCGCUUCUGGCAACGCUGCCUGCGCCUCAUCCAGCGGCUCAGCCCGCAGAUGCUGCGGCUCAACGCCGACCCCCACUUCUUCACGCAGGUCUUCCAAGACCUCAAGAACGAGGGCGAGGCCUCCGCCAGCGCCGGGGGUCCACCCAACGGGGGCGCGCCCGCGGCCCCCUCCACCUCCUCCUCCUCCUCGGCCGCCAGGGACAGCUGCGCGACUGGAGCCAAGCACUGGACUAUGAACUUGGACCGCUAGGGAUAACCCAGGGCAGCGCCCGCUCCCCGCCCCAGCCCCUAACACACACUCGGAGCCCCCGGGACCAUCAAGCCGCCGCCGCUGCUACCGCCGCUCCGCGCCGUGGCCGGAGGAGGAGCCGCCCCUGCCCCGCAGGGGAAGGUGGAGGCCAGGAUGCCAGAGGCCUCGGCGUUUGGAUUUGCUGGGCGCAGGGUGGGGGUGGGGGAUGAGCGCGGGAGAGGAACCCCCAACCUCACCCUUUCUAUCUAUCUGCGCCCUCAUCUCUCCAACUCUGCCGGGGUCACCCCCUUCCCUUCUCUGUGUUAAGUCCGUCUCCCUCGGACUUGUCCAUUUCUUCAUCUCCUUCCUAUGUCUUCCCCUUCCCUCCUCCCUUCAUCUUUUGCCUCCCCACCUUCCUCCUUGCAGUCACACUUUCCAUCCCUUGGGUGUGUGUUUCCGUCUCCGUGUUGCCCACUACCUGACUCUCUCUCAUUGCCCCGUUCCUCUUUCUGCACCUCUGUCCCCAUUUCCCCUUCUCUUUCCCUCGCUCCUGGCAUGUGUCACCAUCUUCCCCCUCCCGUCUGCCUUCCCCCCUCUCCGCCUGUUAGCUUGCAUUUCUCUCUCCGACUGCGACCCCAUAUUCUCCUCCCCAGACCGAAGGGAACAUGAAUUCUUGAUUGGGAUCGGCUGAGGUACAGCAGAAACUGCAGCCCCGGGAGGCCAGACAACCACCAGGAUGGUCCUUCGCCCCAUCCCCACCACCUCUCCCCACCUUUUCCAACGUGUUGCAUGCCGGGAGUUGGGGGGCGGGGGAUGCCAGCUUCAGGAGGCUGAGGUUUGGGAGCAAAAAUCAACCUAGGAGGUCAUCCCGGCGGUGGCGGCGGGGCCUCAGCAGAAGGGUGGGAGGAGACAGAGUACUCUUCUUACUCUGAAGGAGGAGCACCCCUCUUCCUUGCCCUUAGGUGUUUUUGUCCCCCCCACUCCCCACUUUUAAUUUAUUUGGUUGUUUCCGGAGGGAGGGGGGAGGGGCGGGGUUGGGCCCGGAACUGUCUGAGGUGCUGAUUUGAGGCCGGACCAGAAUUCUCCUGGGAGGGUACCAGGGACUGGGUUGGGCCUGGUGCCGUGUCCAAGGUGCCAAUGAUGCGGGCCGACGGUGCGGGCCGCAUUGUCUGUCUGUCCGUCUGUCCAGGAGAGAACUAUAAAGCGCUGGAAGCGCCUGCAGAUGUU